UGCGCCGUUUGCCUCGGGCGUAACCCACAUCGCACAGUCGAAUGCUCAGCAUCCCGAACAUGGGACAAUCUCUUCGAGGUCUUCUCCGAACGCAUCAAGAAAGCCCUGUGGGCCAAAGAUGGCCGCCAAUUGUGCACAGCUUGGCAGCGAGAAGAGAGUUGUAGCAUGUCACACCCUAGCUAUAAACACCUGUGCUCAGGGUGCGGCUCCACAGAACAUGGAGCCCAGCGCUGCACUCGCGCACAGAAGGCAUAA